UGCCUACCAGAAUUUGAGACAGCGCGUUGACAACUUUGUUUCCAAUCAUUUGGCAACUCAUACCUGGAGUCCUCAUCUCAACAAGAACCAGCUGAGAAAUAACAUUAGGCAGCAGGUUCUCAAGUCUGGAAUGUUAGAAUCGGGAAUUGACAGAAUUAUUUCUCAGGUUGUGGACCCAAAGAUCAACCACACAUUCAGACCUCAGGUGGAAAAGGCUGUCCAUGAAUUUUUAGCCACAUUGAAUCACAAAGAGGAGGCAGGCCCCAGUACGUCUCCAAGUGAGGAGAAAGCAGAUGCUUCUGUUACAGUGCAAGGUGUCUCUGCUACAACUCCAAGUGCUAACGUAGCUAGUGAUGCAAUGUCCAUUUUGGAAACAAUAACUUCUCUUAACCAAGAAGCAAAUGCUGCCAGGGCUUCAACAGAGACCUCAAAUCCUAAGAACAAUGACAAAGUUGCAAAAAAACUCUCAUCUCAGCAGAGUGUGGAUGGUAGCACUGAUAAAGAGAGAAAUGCAGAGGACUUAACAGACAGAGAGAAAACAAUUUGUGACCUUUCUGGAGAAGGGGCUGAAACACUUGCAAAGUGUGAAGAUUUAAAUGAGCUUCCCUGCCAAAGUGAAGAAAUAAAAAAUUCAGCAAAGGAUACUAAUAUUUUGACUUUUACACAUAAAGAUAGUCAACAGGAAAGUGAAGAUGUAAAGAGCAAAUUAUUGGAUAAAUCUGACAAGAAACCAGAGAUCAGUGAAAGAAGAAAAGACAAGAAGGAAAAGCUUGAAAAGAAGUCUGAUCAUUCAAAGAAAAGUGAUGAUACUACAAAGUUAAAAGAAGAAAAACAAGCAAAGGAGUUGGAACCAGUAAAACAGUUAGUUCCAGAAAAAAAUAGCAAUAAACAUAGAACAGCUGAGAGCACUAAAGAAGAUAUGUUAAUAGAUUCUGAUAUGGAUGUACUCAGUGACAUCACAGUCAGCUCUGUCCAUACCAGUGACCUUUCUUCCUUUGAAGAGGAGAGCGAAGAGGAGCCUGUAAUUUCUGACAGUACUGAAGAGGGGGAGAUCACAUCAGAUGAAGAGGAGAAAAACAGUCAAAGUAAGACAAAGCCCCAUGCGAACGAGCUGAGUGAUGGGAAAGCCAAGCCUGUGCGCCACGCUUAUGUUCGCAAGCCUUUCCUAUACUCCAAAUACUUCAGUGAUUCUGAUGAUGAAAAAACUGUAGAACAGCGCCGUCAGUCCAUUGCCAAAGAAAAAGAAGAGAGACUCCUUAGAAGACGAAUUAACAGAGAGAGACUUGAAGAAAAACGUAAACAGAAGGCUGCAGAAAAGACAAAAUCCCUAAAAACUGGAAAUCAGAAUGCUAAAGGAAAAAGUGGCUUGCAUUUAGAAGAACCUUCAUCAAAAAGUCUUGAGUCAAAAACUACUGGUACCAGCAUUAAGGAUGUGCUUAAAGAACAGAAAUUUUUGGAAAAAAAGGUGGCCCUGAGCAGAAAAAGGAAAAGAGAUUCAAGGCAUGCUGAAGAUAGCUGCAGAAAGAAAAAUGAGCCAUCUGAAGAAGAUUCUAAAGAAAUGCAAAAGACAAAUGAGGUAGAAUUUGUGCUUGACAGUUCUGUUCAGGCACAUAAGUGAAGGAAAUGUGUAAUAUGUACUUCUAAACAGCUUAGAAGACUUUCAGACUGGGGGCAUUCAGCUGAGGAAAGCAAAAGUGAUGCUAAAGCAGAAAAAGAGCAUAAAAGAAAAACAUCCACUUCUCUUCAGGCUGAAGGAGCUCAGCAGGACAGUGAAACAAGGGAUCCAAAAAAACAACUGGAUAAAGCAGAAGUCAAUACUGAAGAGCCACAGAAGCAGAAAUCCAUAUCUAAGAAUGAAAAACACCCCAAAAAAGAUACUGACACAGAAGUUCAACAUAUGAGAAAUUCUGCCAAAAAAGAAGCCAAGUCUUACAGAGAUAAGAAUGAAAAGGAAAGAACAGCUUUAGAAGAUAAAAUUUAUUUAAAGCACAAAUAUAAAGGAGAUGGUAUUCACAAGUCAGGUGAAGAUGGUGAACUUCAUUCAUUUGAGCGAAGUUUGAAAGGAGAGGAUGGUGGCCAGAAACAUAAUCAACAAAUAAAGGUUUCCUCAGAUGACAAAGGUGAAAAAAAAAGUAAACACCGAAGUGAACGGAAAGUAUCGGUAACAGGAAAAGAUGGGAAAAACCCUUCUGAAUCAACCUUAAAAGCUGAAGAAUUGCUGCGGAAAGAAAGCAAGAAAGACAGACAUCUCUCAACAGACAAACCAAGAGCAGAAUGCAAGACCAAAAGGUCCUUGAGUGAUUCUAAGACACAGAAGGAUUCCCUAAGUGCCUCAAAACAACCUGGUUCAGCAUCACACAGAAGGAGCGAAAGCUACUCAGAAGAUAAACAUGAAAUAGAGUCAACUAACUCUGAUAGUAAUGUAAAACUUGAAGAUGGUGUUCAUAAAGAUAGACGAAGAUCUAAGAGCCUUGCAGAAGACAAGAUUUUGUUAAAAUCCAAGUCAAAGAGUCACAGUAAGCAGUUCAAAGCAUCUGAAACAGAACAGGAAUCAACAAAACAAGACACUGGACAGAAACUAGACAAAGAAAAGAGCCUGGAAGACAAUGAUUCAGAUAAACAACAUAAAUCCAGGAAUGAAAAUAAAGGUUUGGAGGAGAGUGGUGCUGAGUUACAGCUUGCCAGUGGCCCACAGUCAACUCAGGGAUCACAAAAAGACUUUAGUCACAGAGUAAAGUUACAUUCUGGGGUAAAAGGGGCUGUAAAAGAGAAAUACAGAGGUGAUAAAGAUUUAAGUAAUUCCAAACUAGAAAGAAGGUUCUCUGCUGAAGGUCAUAAAAGCAGAAACUUAAAGCACAGCAACAAGGAAAUAAAGAAGAAGGAAGAGAGCAUCAAAUUGGAAGAUAAAGAUACUAAAGAAAUGGACAGUGGGCAUGAAAGAUCUAAUGUCACAAUGUCAGUGGAGAAAAAACAAAGCAAGAGAGUAUCCUGUGAAAAUAGAAAAGGCAGUAUAUCAAAUCAAGAUUUGCUUAAGGAGGAAAAGCAAUCAGCUAGCAUAACUGAAAGCAGCCAGGUUCCAGCCCCUCAAAAGGCAACUAUGAAUAAUGAUGGCUUGCAUGCUGGUCAUGAAGAAGAGCUAAUGGAACUUGAUUUGAAAAAAACAAAAGUACAGGAAGCAUCUAACAUUAAUGGAAAAAACAUUCAAAACUCUCUCCAAGCCACAGAUGCCAAGUGUGCAGUAAAACAGAAGGGAUCUCGUUCUAUUUCAAAUAAGGAAUUAAAACACAGCUUGGCAGAUCCUGAAGCCCGUGAAUCACAGUUUCUGCCUGCAGCUGAAAAAACUGUUGAGCAAGGUUAUAUUUCUAAUAAACAAGUUGGUGCCUUAGACCCUUUGUCCAAAAAAGCUUCCAUGGCUCAAGGACCCAGUAAACAAGGGGCUUGUAAAACGAGUACUGUGUAUGAAACAAGUGGUAGAACCUUAAAGAAUAUAUCCACUAAGGAUCAGGCUUCAAAAGAGAGCAGAAGACCAAAGAAUUUUAAGACUGUGAUAAAUUCUAAUUCAGAUGAUGUUCCUUUAGCAAUUCAUUCCUCAAGAGAAGAUGCUGCUGAUGCAAAGUCCAUGGAUACAGAUAUCUCGGAUUUUACAGAUUCUUUAGGUACCGUGUCUAAAGAAUGUCACAAUUCAGAUGGGACAUCUUUAUUGGAAGAUGCUGUCCUUUUGAAGAAUGAUACAGCACAGGUUGUAUACAUGGAGCAAGAUAGUGCAGUGCCGAGUUCUGUCAUGAAAGAUGAUGGUGACAACACCAUCAUGGCAAACAGUAUGGAAAAAGUUAAUGAGGUGUCCCAGCCUGAUGAACAGGCAAUGGAAGACAGUACAGCUGGGUUAUGUAGGCGGCUAGAUUACAAUGAAGCAGCAAAGUCAGAAAGAUCUCAAUACAGAGAGUUAAAAAGAAAAGAGGAAAACUCAGUAGCUGAAGAUCAUGGAGAGGUAACAACACAAGAACUUACCCUAAGAAGAAAAGAAAAAGAGUGCUUGAAUAUAGAUCCUUCCACAAGGGCAGAAAGAAGCACCAUGAAGGAUAGUGUGGAAAAGAACAGGUUGCAUGACACUGAUGAUAUGAUCCAGUCUUCCUCUGUUUUAGUGCCUGAAGGAGUUCCUGAGGAAAGUUUUAAAGGCUCUGUUACAGCCGAUGGCCAAGAAGAGGCUAAUGUGGUUGGCAUGGAAGACAAAAAUGAAAGUAAUGCUGUAGGUACCAGUGCAGGAAGUAGUAAACUUAGUUCAUUGUAUAGCAGCCCGCAAAAAACUCCAGCCAGCAUGAUAGGAACUAGCACAGAAAAGAUCACUGAGAGCACUGCAAUGGCAACUAGUACAGAAGGAGGGAGAGCUGAGGGUACAUCACAUACUGGAAAGGACAGUGAUGCUACAACCACUUGCUCAGAAGAAGAAAGUGAGGUGACAGUAAUCUGCACAAGCAUAGAAGCUGAUGAGGGUUUCACAACAGGCACGUGGGUGAAACAUGGUGAGGGCUGCAGUUUUAUCACAGGAGCAGAUAUUGGUGACUGUACUGUUGCAGCAGCUGAAGAAAGUGGUGGCAGUGUUGUCACUGAAGGAUUAGCAGAAAGUGAAAGCUUCCUAACAAGUACAGGAGAAGAAAAUGGUGACUGUACCAUGGUUGAUGCAGAAGAAGGUGGUAAGGAUUCAGUGAACCCCAGUGAAGUGGAAAUUGAAGACAGUGUGAAUAGUGCUGGGACAGAAGAAAAAGAUGAUGCUGUGACUAGUGCAGGCUCUGAAGAAAAGCAAAAUACCUCAACUUGUGUAGAUACAGGCAAAUUUGAAAGUUCUGUGUCCUGCUUAGGUGAAAUGGAGAGCGAUGGAGCUGUAACCAGUGCAGGGACAGAAACAGGUGAAGGGUCUACCAGUGGUGAUAAUUUAGGUGAAUUUAGGGGCAGUGUGACAGCUGGCCAGGUAAAAGAACAUGAAGGUACUGUGACUUGCACAGGUGCAGAAGAAAGAGGUCAUAACUUCAUUAUCUGCUCUGUGACUGGUACAGAUUCCCAAGGAGAAAACACGGUAACUGGUGCAUGUAUUGCAGUGGUCACAAACAACAGUGCCACGGCUGGAACUAGUGGUGACAAAUCUGAGGAUACUGUAAAUGGUGAAAGUGCAGUGACCAGCACAGGUAUAACCCCAGAAGAUGAUGCUGAAAUUUCAGCAGUCUGCACAGGGCUAGAAGACAGCAAUGAGGGAUUUGUAGUUUGUUUGGAAGCUGAAAAAUGUGAAAGUCUAAUGGACAGUACGAGGGCAAAGGAAGAAGCCAGUAUCACUACAGUCAGUGUAGGUCUGUGUGAUGAUGAAGGUUUUGUGACUAGUACAGGCUCAAAAGAAGAGGAUGAAGAAGGUGAGGACAUUGUGACAAGUACAGGAAGAGGAAAUGAGGAAAAUGAGCAUGCUUCUACUUGUACAGGAGUGGAAAGUGAAAGUGCACUAAUUUGUAUAGGUGCAGAAGAAGGUGAAAGUUCCAUUAUCUGCAUUGUUGCUGAACAAAUGGAAGCUGAGUCAGGAGUGGCUGGCACAGAUACAAAUAAGCUUACUGUUGACAGUAUGACAAGUGCAGAGAAAGAAGCUAAUUGUGGCACAGACUGCAAAAAUGAUAAAGGCAUUGUUGAAAGCAGUGUGACCAGUGCAAGUGCUGCGGAUGAGGGUGCCUUAGCUGCACAGACAGGAAAGCAUGAAGGUACCUUGCUUCCCUCAGAUGCUGAGGAAUGUGAGCGUCCCAUGACUAGUGCUAUGGCAGUGCAGGAUAAGACACUGUUUGAUGCUGAAGACAAGCAUGAGAAUGCCAUGACUUCCUUUGAUAGCAGAGAACUUGAUGCCUCUAUAAGUAGUGCAGUUCCAAAGAAAGAUGAGACUUCUCUUACUCCUGCUGACAGAGAAGUAAAAGUAAAAGGUGAUGUCAUCUCUACCAGCACAAUGGAAGAUGCUCCUUUGCAUUCAGCCACAGAUGCUGAAGAAGGUCCACUUGCUGUUGCAAGACUAAAUGAAAGUGGGGAAAGCUCUAUGAUCGUAAUAGACACUGAAGACACAGUGCCUAUGCCCAGCACAGCUGCAGAGUUUAAAGAGUGUGUGAAUACUUCUAGCAGUAAGCAGGAGAAAGAUGAGUGCACUAUGAUUUCCACAAGUAUUGUGGAGGAAUUUGAGGCUCCUAUGUCAAGUGCAGCUAUUGAAUAUGAUGGUCAGCUCCCAUCUGUGAAAACAGAGGAAAGAAAUGACAAUGCUAUGGUGUCUGUAGAUAUGGAAGUAUAUGAGGUUCCCAUGCCUAGUGAGUCCAGCACAGGAGGAGAUGAUAACGGUGAUGAUGGAAGUCGCCCAACUGCUAGUGGUAAGGAAGAAAAGGAUGAGUGUGCUAUGAUUUCCACAAGUGUUGUGGAAGAACAAGUAAUCCUAAUGUCAAGUGAAGUCACAGAAGAGGUGAUUCAACGUAUCUCAGACACAGAGUCAAAAAAUGAAACGCUAAUGAUCUCUACAAGUACAGCAGAAUGUUUUGAAGCUCCUAUGUCUAGUGUAACUAUGCAAGAUGAAAACAAACUCACUGCUUCAGAAACAGAAGGAAGAUAUGAAGCUGCUAUGAUCACUACAAGCAUGACAGAAGAAUGUGAGAUAGUCCUGAUCAGUGCAACACCGCAAGCUGAAAGUCAGCUCAUUGUAGCUGGAGAGGAAGGUGCCAUUCUCUCUCCAAAUGCAUCAGAGGAAUGUAGGGUGGUGGAGACCACUGCAACUGUAGAUGAACAGUUUGGACUAACUGCUUUCAGUGCAGAUGGGAAAAGCAAAGGUUCUGUGAUUUUUGUGGAAGAAUGUGGAGCUCCUGUGCUGAGAGUUGCAACUGACAGUGAAGAUCAGCACACUGCUUCAAAUAUAGCAGAUAAGGAGGAGGAGGGGGCAGUGAUCACUCUGAGCACAAUGGAAGAAUGUGAUAGUCUCUUCACCUUUACAGUCAUAGAAGAAAGUCAACUUGCUGCUGAGAGUACAGAAGUAAAAGGCAAAAGUGAAGAAAUUUUUAAUACUGCUAACCAGAUUGAAUGCAUCCUUUCAACUACAGCCCCAGAAAAAAGCGGGAAUUCUUUGCUUAUUGAUAGAGAGAACGAGACACAUGAGAGUGGGGUGAGAACAGAAUCGGCAGCAUCUCAGGCCACAGUAGACAGUGAAAUCACAGAAACAGAUGAAAAUGCAGUGAACCUCAUGAGUGUUGAUGAGGCUGUUUGUGUGGAGAUUAGUACAGAGACUGCUGAGAGUCCUUCCCCAGAGGCAGGUGAGGACGAUGAGCAAGCUGAAGAUGUUCUGCAUGAGGAUGUUACAUCGGAACUCUCUAGUACCAUUUCAGAAGCAGUGGGAGAGAGUGAAGCUGUAAAGAAUGUAAACUACAAAUUAAAUUCAAACGUGCUUUUAGAAAGUGACUUUUCUGAAAUAAGGACUCCCCUGCCUAAGACACAGGCUCCUUCCUUGGUUUCUGCCAAUGAAGUGGCUGUAAACACCAACUGUGGUGAUGUAACAAUAGAAGCAGAACUAGGGAAAAAAAGGGACCUCACUUUGUUGCAUGUAGAAACGCUACAUGAUAGUGAUGACAAAACCAACUUGAUCAAAACAGAUGAUACUGGCAUUGAAGUUACUUUUCAGAAAAGUAAUACAACCUUUAAUUCAGGCAAUAAUGCAGUCUUACCAAAGUUGGCAGAAGAAGUAGAAAGUACCUUGAGAACUGACAAGUCACAACAGCCUGAAAGUGCAAGAAGUGAAGAGGGAUGUGUGGAUCUUCAAACUACAGAAUUGCAAAAAGAUGUGCUGCACAGGAAUAUUCCUUUAGAAAGAGAAACUUCUCAUGUGGAAAACUUGGCUGUCCAGACAGCUGAAGAAGUUAGAUCUAGAGGAAUAGAGUGUAAAUCUUCAGAAACAACGGAUAAAGAAAAACAUCGCAGCCCCCCGGAGGAAGAGGACGGAGCGGGCAAGUGCGGGAAUCUGCUGCCGGGGGAGGAGGAGGCGGCGGCGGCUCCGAAACCGCGGAAGAAGCGCUCCCGCGCAGCCUUUUCCCACGCACAGGUCUUCGAGCUGGAGCGGCGCUUCAACCACCAGCGCUACUUGUCGGGGCCCGAGCGGGCCGACCUGGCCGCCUCGCUGAAGCUCACCGAGACGCAGGUGAAGAUCUGGUUUCAGAACCGGCGCUACAAGACCAAGCGGCGGCAGAUGGCCGCCGACCUCCUGGCAGCCGCCCCCGCCGCCAAGAAGGUGGCCGUCAAGGUGCUGGUGCGCGACGACCAGAGACAGUACCACCCUGGCGAGGUGCUGCGGCCGCCCUCGCUGCUCUCCCUGCAGCCAUCCUACUACUACCCCUACUACUGCCUUCCCGGGUGGGCUCUGUCCACCUGCGCCGCAGCCGCCGGCACCCAGUGAGAGGCACACAUACACACCCCCCUGGCCCCGACACCCCCACCCUGACCCUCACCCCGUCCCCAUUCCACCAGCCGAGGACUCUCGUGAUUCGGCACAACUUGUUCAUGGUAUCCAUGUUGUCAGUGUAUCUGGUGUAGACUUUUUGUUUGUUUGUUUUAUUUUGCUUCGGAUUGGUAGAGACUCGAUCUUGUGUGGAGAAAAUGAGAGAGAAAACAAAGGAGAGGAAAAAAAAG